CUCUCUGCACACCGAUUGAUACAUAGGGCUGGGCUGGCUGGUCACACGCGACACAUGUUUGAUGCAGAAACGCCUGGCGCUCUAAAUCAGCCAGCGCGAUCGAAAACUCCCCCGUUGGAUUGCAUUGCAGCCCGAAGGACAAACCUUCGUGUGUGUAUGUGUAUGCCCCACAUCACACCACCCAUACAUCACAUCUCCCAUCUGCCACUGUACACGUCAGUCCACGCCCAGCGCAUGCCCUGCAUCCUCCGUCAGUCAAUCCUCAUAGUGAUCCGGAGCAGCGGACGCCAGCUCUGAACGAACCAACGAAAGGAAGGAUGAUAGACUGAUAGACACAGAGCAUUUCCCCGUUGUAUGCCGCCCGGCGUACGUACCUUCUUCGGUCGCCACGGACAGCAUGCUGACCGUGGCCUGCCAGUUCUGCCUCCCGCUCGCAUCAGCACCAUCGCCCGCUUCAUCCAUUGGGCCGGAGGGCGACCGGGCGAUCGGGCUAGAUGUCAGGGACAGCACACGAGGGGGCGUGGAGUCGCCCCCCGAUCCUCCGCUGAUCGUCGGCUGCUCGGGGAAGGGCGGGAGGGGCUGCGAUGGGCGCUGCUGCGCGUCGAUGAGUGACUGGCGGUGGGACUCGCCACGCCUGGCGGGAUAACGUGCAGUGGGCACGGGGAGCCUGACAAAAAAGAAGAAAGAGAGAGGGGGGGGUUGUUCGGCUGGUUGACCCUCCCUCCCUCCCUCCGUCCCCCUGGCCUUGGCUCACUCACUCACUUUGGCAUCAUGCAUGUGGGUUCAGUGGCGUGUUUCUUGGCCCCCCUGGCCCGUCUGGGCGGCAUCCGAUUGAUGUGCAGCACCGACUCGCUCCACGCACUCUGAGCACUGUGGGCGCUCUUCUCACUCCUGGCCCGCUCAAGCCCCCACGGCGACAGCACGGGGGGCGGCGGCACGCCGUCCUCCCUCACAUCACUCCUACCGUUGCUGGUCGCCAGGUCGCUGCCCACCGACGUGAACCCUCCGGGCGUGUUGGUGGACGGCAGCUGGGACAUGGGCGACAGAGAGCUGCCCGUCCCAACCUUCCGCCCAUCGACAGGUGAGAUUUGGGGCGCCAAGAUCACGGGCACGGACACCGCAGCAGGAGGGGGCGGUGCAGGGGCCUUCGGAAAGAGCGUGUGGACGUCACCCUCUCGCGCCGACGGGUAGACAGUCAGAAAAGGGACGGCUGGGGGCGUAGUAGGGGGGAUGUUUGGCGUAGUAGAGUGAACCUCAUAAGGGGGGUAUGGUGGGGGCGGGGGCGGGGGAGGGGGAGGGGGUGGCGGCUGGCUAAUCGUCUCCUGUGGAGUCGGCGACAGCCGCAGCGACUGGAACGAUGAGGCAAUGCUGGAGAAGGAGUCCUGCCUGGCGCCCAUGUCAUAGUGUGGCGGUGAGGGGGCCUGGGUGUAGGGGGGCGGCGGGAUGGGGUGGCCGGCCGCCACGGCGCUGUCGAUGGAGGGCGAUGACGAGUUGGAGAGUGUGAUGCCGAGCUCGUUCCUUCGGCGGGCCUCCUCGAUUUCUGACUCCAUCUUGUGCUUGGCACGUGACGCGGCGACCAGGUCGGUGAUGUUGAGACCCUGCUUCAUGGCCAUCUUCUCCAACUCGGUCAAACGAUACCUGAAUCAAUGAAUCAAUCAGUGAGCGGGCAGGACAGCCAUGCCAUGCCAUGGAUAGGAGCUGUCAUUAUUCCCUGUGGUGUCCCUCCCUGUGCCUUCACUCACUUUCGCGGCCUCAGUUCGUGUAGGCCGUGGGCGUGUCGGCAGACGUCGCCAUUCGGACAGUGACCGCGCAAGAAGAAACGACACAUGCCCGUCUGAUCAAAACAGUCACACCAGUGAGUGUAGUCGGAGUUGUCACGUGUAUUUCUGUGUGCGUGUGUGUGCUUGCCUUAUAGUAGUCGUCAGAUGCCCGUAGCUCCUUCUCCCCGUGUGCAUACUUGCACUCCUCAGCAGGCAGGGGGCACCGACCCUGAUCAAACAAGCAUGACACACACAGCCAAGACGGCCCCAGGACACCACCCCACCACCAUCAAUGCACGUGGAUGGAUGGAUGGAUGGAUGUCGUCACGCUGCUGGCUCGCUCACCUCCUGCCACUCCUUGCACAGCCUGGUCUUGAUCAACGACUGAGGAGUCCUCAGCUCCUCCCUGCACAACCCAGUGCCCAGGACACCGACACAGACAGACAGACAGACAAGACGGUCGACGGUCGGCGACUGAGUGCAUUGAGUCUUUGUUGGGUACCUGGUGUGGGCAUAGUGGCAUUCGGCGCCUCUCACACAGCGCCCUUGCAGGUGGAACGGGCACAUCUGAGCGGGCAGCGCACGACAGUCAAUCAGACAAAGACAGACAGUCAUAAGCAUAAGAAGCGGGCAUCACCUCGUGUGCUCUCUUCUCUGCCUGCGUGCUGUGCGAGGUGUGGAGGCAGCCGUCCCACCUUGGUGCGCCAGAACUGAUCAACGGGUGACUGAACCACCAUCAUUUGCUUCUGCUUCUUCUCAUUCACAACACACUGCUCACUCAGAUGCACAACUCCUCGCGCACCUCCAUCGCAAC